AAAUAUUUUAGAAUGGUUAAACAAAAACGUUGCUAUUCAUAGACAUUUAUAAUAAUUUUCAUAAAUAAAAUAACUAUAACAGAAACAGUUGUAUGUGCGCAAGACAAAGCAAAAAGUGACUGUAAAGAAGAGUAAAAUAAUAUUAGAAGUAUACAUCGGUAAUGAAAACAUAUAAAAAUUUAACAAAAAAUUCAUUAAAAAUUGAACAUCGCACAUUUGUUAAUAAACAUAUGUAUAAAUUUGUGUAUGUAACGUUUGACAGUUGAUUGUCAAAAUUAGUGGGGUAUCGUGUAAUAAUCGCACCGGAGAAGGUGCGACUACAUCGAUUACGACAAUGAAUGGACUCAGUUUAAGUGAAUUAUGUUGUUUAUUUUGUUGUCCACCGUGUCCGGGACGUAUUGCAGCAAAAUUAGCAUUCCUACCACCGGAGCCCACAUAUGAAUUUCAAGCAGAUGAAACUGGUUCAAAGUUUUCAUUGAACUUAACGGAUCGGGCGGAAUGGCAAUAUUCGGAGCGCGAAAAAGAAAAUGUUGAAGGAUUUUAUACACGUACAAGUCGUGGCAAUCGUAUUGGAUGCUUGUUUGUACGAUGUAGUUCAACUGCACGAUUUACAAUACUAUUUUCACAUGGAAAUGCUGUCGAUUUGGGACAAAUGAGCAGUUUUUAUUUAGGUUUAGGAUCACGUAUUAAUUGCAAUAUAUUCAGUUAUGACUAUUCAGGUUAUGGUGUUAGUGGGGGCAAACCAUCUGAAAAGAAUUUAUAUGCAGAUAUAGAUGCAGCAUGGCAUGCGUUACGGACCCGUUAUGGAAUCAGCCCUGAGAAUAUAAUAUUAUAUGGCCAAAGUAUUGGAACUGUGCCAACAGUGGAUCUUGCCUCACGGUAUGAAGUUGGUGCUGUAAUUUUACAUUCACCCUUGAUGUCUGGUAUGCGUGUUGCUUUUCCAAAUACAAAACGAACAUGGUUCUUCGAUGCAUUUCCCAGCAUUGACAAAGUUCCAAAAGUGACAUCACCAGUUUUAGUAAUUCAUGGAACUGAAGAUGAAGUCAUUGAUUUUUCACAUGGGCUAGCAAUAUUUGAACGAUGUCCACGUGCCGUGGAACCACUUUGGGUUGAGGGUGCCGGGCACAAUGACGUCGAACUAUACAAUCAGUAUUUGGAACGGUUAAAACAAUUUGUCAGUGUUGAGUUGCUCAACUGACAAAUACUAAACGCAGUUACUGCAACUGGUGGGGAUAGUGGGGCA